UGGUAUUUACUGGCGUUGCGGCCGCGGUCAUACCGAGAUUUCAUUGAAAAAGUCGAAAAUAUUGUGUGGGUUUAAAAAACGUAAACGUCGCCGAAACGCGUAGCCCCAAAUGCACACGCCAGGUGCAAGGAUACAGCCGUGAGGAUCGGGCACCCAAUCGGAUCGAUCGCGUUUGUUUAGCUUGUGGGGGAAAAUCGCACUGAAGUCACCACUACUACUACACACGGCCACCAGCAGCAGCAGCAACAACAACAACAACGACGAGAAUAGCAGCAGCAGCAGCAACAACAACAGCAACAAGAAGGAGACGAGCUGAGAAGAGGAAGCAGAGGCAGCGCAGCGGCAGAGAGAAAAGAUGGCGACGAGAGGCAGUGGAACCCGUGUGCAAUCGCAGCCAAAGAUUUUCCCAUCGCUGCUUUCCAAGCUGCACGGCGCCAUCUCGGAGGCCUGCGUCUCCCAGCGCCUGUCCACCGACAAGAAGACGCUCGAGAAGACGUGGAAGCUGAUGGACAAGGUGGUGAAACUGUGCCAACAGCCCAAGAUGAAUCUGAAGAAUAGUCCACCGUUUAUUUUGGACAUCCUGCCGGAUACGUACCAGCGCUUGAGGCUGAUCUACUCGAAGAACGAGGACCAGAUGCACCUGCUCCAUGCCAACGAGCACUUCAACGUGUUCAUCAACAAUCUGAUGCGAAAGUGCAAGCAAGCCAUCAAGCUGUUCAAGGAGGGCAAGGAGAAGAUGUUCGAUGAGAACUCCCACUACCGCCGGAAUCUCACCAAGCUCAGCCUGGUCUUCUCCCACAUGCUCAGCGAACUGAAGGCCAUAUUCCCCAACGGUGUCUUUGCCGGAGAUCAAUUCCGGAUCACCAAGGCGGACGCGGCCGACUUUUGGAAGAGCAAUUUCGGUAACAGCACAUUGGUUCCCUGGAAGAUCUUCCGGCAGGAGCUUAACAAAGUACAUCCCAUAAUCUCCGGCCUGGAGGCCAUGGCCCUAAAGACCACUAUCGAUCUUACCUGCAACGACUUCAUUUCCAACUUCGAGUUCGACGUCUUCACACGCCUCUUCCAGCCUUGGGUGACACUGCUACGCAACUGGCAAAUACUGGCCGUCACACAUCCGGGCUACGUGGCGUUUCUCACAUACGACGAGGUGAAGGCUCGCCUACAGCGCUACAUCCUCAAGGCGGGCAGCUACGUUUUCCGGCUCUCCUGCACGCGGCUUGGCCAAUGGGCCAUCGGCUACGUAACUGCCGAGGGAGAGAUUCUGCAGACAAUCCCCCAGAACAAGUCGCUGUGCCAAGCGCUGCUCGAUGGCCAUCGAGAGGGCUUCUACUUGUACCCAGAUGGCCAAGCGUACAAUCCGGACCUGUCGUCUGCCGUUCAAAGUCCCACCGAGGACCACAUAACCGUAACCCAAGAGCAAUACGAACUAUACUGUGAAAUGGGCAGCACCUUUCAGCUGUGCAAAAUCUGUGCGGAGAACGACAAAGACAUCCGCAUCGAGCCCUGUGGCCACUUGUUGUGUACUCCCUGCCUCACCUCCUGGCAAGUGGAUUCCGAGGGACAGGGCUGUCCCUUCUGUCGGGCCGAAAUCAAGGGCACCGAACAGAUCGUCGUGGACGCCUUCGAUCCGCGCAAGCAACACAACCGGAACGUCACCAAUGGGCGACAGCAGCAGCAGGAAGAAGACGACACUGAGGAUAUGGGCGACUUCAACAUAGCCACUUCAUCGUUGCAUGCACUCAGCACCUCGUCCACGGUGGCGACUGAGAAGCACAGUCCGCACACAUCGCCACGUUUGGGACGCCGGAGCACCACGCCCAGCCUGAUGGCCGUGCAAAACGAUCUCUAUGCAGGCGGCACGCCCACCCUCAGCCUGCCCAGCAGCUCCUGCUCCUCCAUCGCCAUCGCCGCCGCCUCCACAUCCUCCUCCGCCUCUCUAGCAUCGGUAGCAUCAGUGGCAGCAUCAUCAUCCUCCUCCUCCCAACACCAGCACCAACACCAGCAGCCACAGCCCUCGGCUCCUCCUGCUUCAGCGGUGCUCAGCAAUGGCGGCGGAGCCAGCUCCAGUCAAAAGAACACCAACAGGAUGAGUGCUCCGCUUAUUGGCUCCUGUGUGGCCAACUCCACCUAUGGCCAGAAAUUGCCACAGAACUGCAGCCACAGCAGCACCAGCAGCAGCGACAAUGCCUCCAGCUCGAGUUCGUAUGCCAUCUUGCAGAAUCUCCAUGAUCCGGGCACACCAGCAACGGCAGCAUCUGUUGUAGCUCCUCCCCUGCCACCGCGAAAAUCCUCACCUGGCGUGGAGACACCCAGCAAGGCUACGGCACCACCAGCACCGGCACCCAGCAGCAGCAAGAGUAUCGACAACAUCCAGUGCAGCCUGGAUAAUGUGCCGCCCCAGACGACGGCACCACCAAUACCACCACAUGUCUCUCCUAGCGUGGACACCUUGGCCGAAGAUUUGAUGCGACAGCAGCUGAUAGCCACUAGUACCACAUCGCCGGUGCUCUCACUGCUAGACGAGGACAUCGUUGAAGUGGGUCCGGCGGAAACUAUAAGUGGGGUGAUCGAUACCCGCCCGCUGGAGGCGCGCGGCGUGACCUUGAGCCGGCAGGACUCGGCAUCCUCCCACUACACGCAACUGUGCACCACCAGCAGCGGCGGCUCCGCUGCGGCACUGGCCAACGGUAAGAAGGCCUCCUCGGCCAAACAGAGCCAAACGACAACGACGACAUCGGCGGCAGCGGCAGCGAUGGCGGGCAAUGGGUCCAAUCCUGUCCAGCAAUCGCAAUCGCAACCGCAACCGCUGCUCUAUGCGAACGUGACGAUCAAUCAAAAAGACUGCGGCACCGUGCCCUACGAAAACAUUAACCUGGAGUACAUUGCCCGGCUGAUGAACGCGGGCUACUCCAAGGAGAACGCGAUCACCGCCUUAGGGAUUUCGCGCAACAACAUCGAGAUGGCCGGCGACAUCCUGCGCGAGUUUGUCUCCAAGAACAGCGCCUGAAGUGCCCAGCCAGCCGUCGGAUUGUUGAAUCGGAUGAUAGUCCUUAAUCCAAAACAAAAAGAAAAGGAUCACCAGUCGAACUUCUCUCACUCGAGCAUUUGCAUAUUGGCAUUAUAAUUAGGUUGUUAAAUUUGUGAAAUUAACCAAAUUAAGAUUUUUUAUUCGGUGAAAUUGUUUUCUAUUCAUGUAGUAUGUUUCUCUAAUUUAUGUAUAUUUAAAGGGCAUCUUUACAAUUCGUUUAGAAACUAUAUGUAAAACCAAUUAGUUUUAUUAAUUUGAAUUAUGAUAAAAUAGUAAAACUCUCCGAUUGUAGCAAACCCAUCGUUAAACGCUAGUGUUACUAAAUUAAACACAAGAGAAGUUCGACUGUAAUGAAAACACAAAAAUUCGCAUUAGACUAUAAAAGCAUGGUAAAUAUUUUUCGAUUAGGAGCACCAAACUCACACACCACCUGUCCCACAAUUACGCUGGGCUCUGCGAUCCUAGGAGUCCUUGAGUCCUUGGAAGUCCCCACUUGGCGUAGCCAGCACAAGCAAUUCACGUUUCCCGGUUCAAAAAGUUAAUAAUGACGAAAGAAAGAUUAAAAUAUUGCCAGUAAGGCGAAGAGAAAAUUAAGCACAACCCUUGGAUAUCAAAUAUAGCUAUGUACACUUAAAUUAAGACUAUCUAACUUCUUCCUAUUAAGAGCAAACAAAUAUGUAAGAAAUUAUAACUCGUAUUUACGCAGUUCUGGAAGAAAAACUUGCCCACCCCAAACAAACGAAGAAUAUAUAUAUUCAAAUUUUCUCGCUCUCGCAAAAAAAGGAUAAGAAAAACCAUUAAGAAAAAGACAAAGCCAGGAUCUGGUAUCCAAAGAUAUAGUAACUCAACUAGAUCGACGCUUUCCUUCACUGUCAUGCUCAUGAGCCCAUCUAUAAGUAGUCCAUCGUUUCAUCCAAAGCAAAAUCCAACCGAAUAUUGAAGAAUCUGAAUCGAACGCAGCCAUUAUUGAAAUGCCUUCGGUGGCGAAUGCCUCCAAAAAAAAUAAAAUAAAAAAGACAUUGAAAAUGAAAACGAACACAGAAUUCUGAGUUUCCCAUGAACACCAAUUGCAAGCAAGGAUUACACGAGUUAAGGACACAACACCCAAAACCCAAACAGAUCCGAUGCACUAUCAAGUUUACCUCGAUUUUUUAUACAAAGCUUGAACGUUUUUGUAAUAAUAGUACUUGUAAGUUCGAAACGAAUCAAUUAAUCUCCCAAAAGUUGAAUGAGAUAAUAUGCAUAAUUCAAUUUGUAUUACGAAUCCCUUUUUACUGGCUUUAUAUACAUAUGAUAAUCGAUCGAUCGGUUUUUGAAAUUCGUCAGAAAAUGUUCUAGUCCCUCAAACGAAAAACACAAUUUUUGCCAUACUCGUAUAUCUACUACACCUAAGGCGAUAUAUAUAUUUAUAAAUAGGCGAUAUAUUUAACAUGCGACAACCAAAGUAACAAACGAAUCUAAAUCAAUGCAAUAUAUUCACUAAAACGAGAAAUCAAUGCAAGCGCUAAAUCGUAAGAUUAUCUGACAUUACCUAAACGCAUUCAAAGUUUAGAAGUAUUUCAGCGAAUGGAUCGUGAAUUUUAAGCAGAAAUUUGAAAUUUCCAGCAUAUAGAGAGCAAAACAACCGAUAAGCAAAGUCAAUGAACCGAGAAUUUUGUCCAAAUGAGGCAGCAAUUGAGAAACGAUGAUACCAUACCAUAGUCACGUCAUGUAACCGAACAAAUCUAAGCAGAUAUAAAUUAUUCUUAUAAAUAAAAGCGAAAAAUUAAACCAAAA